UUGUUCUUGAAAUGAAAACCAAAAGUUAUCUUGAAUAUUGAUGACGCUGGAUAAUCAGGUUUAAUUAGAGUGAGGUGCGGACUGCUGAUGUCACCAGAAAAGCAGGUUUAAUUAGAGUGAGGUGAGGAUGUAUAUUUCUUCUUCCAGAGACAGCCUCCCCACUCACCACCUCAAUCCCUCCUCUGUCAACUAGGAUUACAGCAGCCUUACACCGGCUAGUCUUUUAUGAAUUCUGAAUUCAAUUCUGAGGACCAAGGAUACAGCAUUUAAUGAAAAAUUUAUGCUUAAGAAGUAAAAAUGGCAGGCUUCCUAGAUAAUUUUCGUUGGCCAGAAUGUGAAUGUAUUGACUGGAGUGAGAGAAGAAAUGCUGUGGCGUCUGUUGUAGCAGGUAUAUUGUUUUUUACAGGCUGGUGGAUAAUGAUUGAUGCAGCUGUGGUGUAUCCGAAGCCAGAACAGUUGAACCAUGCCUUUCACACAUGUGGUGUAUUUUCCACAUUGGCUUUCUUCAUGAUAAAUGCUGUCUCCAAUGCUCAGGUGAGAGGUGAUAGCUAUGAAAGUGGCUGUUUAGGAAGAACAGGUGCUCGAGUUUGGCUUUUCAUUGGUUUCAUGUUGAUGUUUGGGUCACUUAUUGCUUCCAUGUGGAUUCUUUUUGGUGCAUAUGUUACUCAAAAUACUGAUGUUUAUCCGGGACUAGCUGUGUUUUUUCAAAAUGCACUUAUAUUUUUUAGCACUCUGAUCUACAAAUUUGGAAGAACUGAAGAGCUAUGGACCUGAGAUCACUUCUUAAAUCACAUUCUCCUUUUGUUAUAUUCUGUUUGUAGAUAAGUUUUUUUCUCUCUGAGUACACAUUGCCAAAUGGAGUAGACUGUACAUUAAAUGUUUUGUUUCUUUACAUUUUUAUGUUCUGGGAUUUGAAAUCGUUUUAUGACAUUUCGUUCUUUUUCAUUGCAUAGACUGUUAAUAUGUAUAUAAUACAAGAGUAUAUGAAUUGGAUAAUGAGUAUCAGUUUUUUAUUCCUGAGAUUUAGAACUUUAUCUGUUCCGUGAGCGGGGGUUAUAUCAUCAUGUCAUUUUAGAAGUAACCACUUUCUCUCUGGCUGGGCGUGGUGACUCAAACACCUGUAAUCCCAGCACUUUGGGAUGCCAAGACAGGCAGAUUACCUGAGGUCAGGUUUGAGGCCAGCCUGGCCAACAUGGCGAAACCCUGUCUACUAAAAAUACAAAAAUUAGCUGGAUGUGGUGGUGGGCGCCUGUAAUCCCAGCUACUUGGGAGGCUGAGGCAGGAGAAUUGCUGGAACCCUGGGGCGGAAUUUGCAGUGAGCUGAGUUUGCACCACUGCACUCUAGCCUGGGUGACAAAGUGAAACUCUGUCUCAAAAUAAAUAAAUAAAUAAAUAAAUAACCACUCUUCUCUCAGUAUCUCUAAUUUCUCAAGAUGUGCAAAAAAUAUAGCUUCAUAUAUCUGGAAUGAGCACUGAGCCAUAAAAGGUAUUUCAGCAAGUUGUAAUUUAUUUUGGCCUAAAAAUAAGGUUUUUUUUGUAAAGGAAAAUGUUUGUUCUUAUGUAUUGAAGAAGUGUACUUUUAUAUAAUGAUUUUUUAAAUGCCCAAAGGACUAGUUUGAAAGCUUCUUUUAAAAAGAAUUCCUCUAAUAUGACUUAAUGUGAGAAGGGAUAAUAGAUGAUCAAAUAAACUCAGUUUUUUAUGGUUACUGUAAAAAGACUGUGUAAGGCAGCUCAGUACCAUGCUUCUCAUAAAAGCAGCUUAAAUUAUCCACUGGGGUUAUCUUUUGACAACCUGCCAUUAUCUGAUGUUACACAAUUCAAUAGCAAGCAAGUUUGAGACAAUCGCAGUUUAAAAGCGUGAACCAUAUAACAAAAAGUGGAACAGUUAAAGCACUUCUUCCCAAAGGAAAUUAUCAGCUAGUGAAAAAUUAGGCAUUUCAUCUCAGUUACCGACUGCAAGUCUCUCUUCGCUCUAGCUCUCAAGCUUUGGGUGAAUGUUCCUGCGAAAUAUAUCUUCAACUUGAAAGUUCAUACUCCAAUCAAAAACUCCUUUUACUGAGUUUGCAGUACUGUAUUUGCACUGUUUGUAUUCCUCUGGGCCUUUAUUGCUACUUUUGCUUUCCUUUGUUACACAGAUUUUGUGUUGCACUUUGUUCUCCAGCGGGGUGUUGUAGAGCCUUGGUUGUAUGAAUAAUACCAGCGGUAGUGUCCACAGCUCACAUGCAGGCCCAUUUGGCAUCACUCCUCUCCUCUCUCUCAGAGGAUUUAUUGUGCACAGAGUAUGAAGCAGUUGUGGAGCGCUGUGCCUUUGUCAAGAUACCAUCUUGUUUGAUGACUUCUUUCUUUGCUGUUUUUCUUCAAAAUGUUAGCAAGCUGUGUCAUGCCUCUAGCAAAUUGUAAGACUAAUGAUUUGUUUCCACCCUCACAACUUGUUGCAAUAAAUACUACUUUUCAUGCAGUU